AUGGCUACUCCUUCCGCAAUCCCCCUCAACGCCCGGCGCGACACCAUCGCUCGCCUCCACCGUGUCACCAGAGGAAACCGCAGCCUCUGGUAUCAGAUGACGGUUCUGCAACAACCAGAGCGUGCCCGUGCUUGCGGUUCUGGAAUGAAGGCCAACAGCGACCGACGACCUGUUGAUCCUCCUCCCGUUGUCGAGCUCCGAAUCAUUGAGGGUCCCACAGUUGAGGAGGGCAAGGAUAUCACUUUCGACUACAACGCCAACUUCUUCCUCUACGCCAGUCUCGAGCAUGCCCGUCCGAUUGCCCAUGGCCGUGUUCAAACUCCUGCCGCCAACAACCCACCCAUCUUGACCGGUGUCCCCGCCUCUGGUAUGGCAUACCUCGACCGUCCCACCGAAGCCGGAUACUUCAUCUUCCCCGACCUGUCCGUUCGCCACGAGGGUCGAUACCGUCUGACUUUUAGCCUGUUUGAGACGACCAAGGAGGAGAAGGAUUUCGAUCUUGAGCCCACUGAUGGCGACCUGCCUCCUGGUGUCGACUUCCGAAUGGAGAUCAAGACGGAGCCCUUUAGCGUGUAUAGCGCCAAGAAGUUUCCCGGAUUGAUGGAGAGUACUCAGCUCAGCAAGACUGUUGCCGACCAGGGUUGCAGAGUCCGAAUUCGCAGGGACGUCCGUAUGAGGAAGCGUGACGGAAAGUCUGGUGGCAACGGCGGUAAUGGUGGCUACGACCGACGAGAGGAGGAUUAUGGCCGCCGAAGGACUGUUACACCGGCAGCUGAGGACCCCAACAGUAUUCGAGCCCGAUCUCUCAGCAACUCGAGCGAGCACCGUGCUCCGUAUCAUGAUGCAUCACGCCGGCCCUCGAUUGCCGACUCAUACCCGCCGCCGCCUCCACCUCCGCCUUCAUACGAGCCCGCUUCUUCCGGCUCGCGUCACCUAUCUUUCGGCGACCCUUCUGCGCCGCAAUACCCAACUCCUCGCCAGUAUGCGCCGCAGCCCGGCUUGCAGCUAACCCCAGUUUCGGCCACUGGCCCGUAUCCUCCGUCCGCCCAGUCACCGUACCCCAAGCCCGAGAACUCAUACGCCUUCCCCAACCGGAACCUUCCCCCGGCCUGUCCUUCACCUGCGCCGUCAAUGAAGCAUGACGCCUAUGAUCGACGGCAAUCCAACAGCACCUACGUUCCCCCCUCACCUUCAGUAUACUCUACCGAUGGCCACAACCGAAGAGACUCACAACCAUCGUAUCCUCCUACGCCUGCUGCUGCCCAGCCUCCCCGGCCAAUGCACAGCCAGAUCUCCCUGCCCUCGCUCAAGAUUGCUGCGCUGGUUUCGCCGCUGCCUCCCAUCGAGGCACAGACCGACCCUGCUCCUGAGCUGCCGUCAGUAUUGAUCGGAGGUAAGCGCAAGCACGACAGCGUCUUCUCCCAAAGUACAAGGCCGCUGCACAACGGUCAAAGACAGCUUGACCCCCACUAUGGCAAUAACCACCGCGGCAUGACACCUGAACCGGAUCAGGGCAUGUACUCUCGAGCUGAUGGCAAGAUUGGCGUCGUUACUUUCAACCAAUACCAGUAA